CAUGACAGGCGAGAUGAGCGGUCAUUGACACCCCGUUUACCUGUCAUUUUUUCACUCCCCAUCGAGUCCUUGGUGGAAUUUAGUAAGGAAAUCUGGCAGAGUAUGGAAGUGUUGAUGACUCGGCUAACAAGUGAUGGCUUGACGUGCCAAAGACUGGCAGAAAUGUGCUCGGCUGGAGGAAAUAGCAACACAGGGCAAGGGGGGGAAGGGGAAGAGAGGGAGAAGAGAGUAGAGGACGAAGAGGGCACAGGGCAGAAGCUCUGUGCCGAGGAGUAUGCCCGUCUGGCCAGGGACGGCAUACAGCUCAUGCUGAAUAACAAAUUUACGGAAGCUGAGGAGCUCUUCCGCCACCACACCCACGAGAACCUCCACAUGGCUAUGGGAUACUGCUACCUCACGUUCAUGAAUGCUGUUAUGUCCUUUGAGGAGGAGAAAGUCAGUCACAGCAUGGAAACACUACGUAACAUGGAGAGAAGAUGUGGAGGAGGAGAGAAUGGAUGGUUCUCGUCUGUCAAGAGCAUUGUCAUGGGCUCUAAAAACGGCCAGGACCAAGAUGAAGAACCUGGGUCACACUUAGAGCAACAGGUAGUUCUUGCCGACUGUCAAGUCCUGUUAGCGAUACUCACCUUCCUUCAGCAAGAAAUUGGUUCUUAUGUAAAAGGGGGUUGGGUUCUGCGUAAAGCUUGGAAGGUUUACGAACACUCGUACUCCAAGGUUAAGAGAAUGUACAAGCAGACAUUUGGUGAAUCCCAGGAAGCACCAGGAACACCAAAUGGAGAAUACCCUGGCUAUAUACAUGUAAGUACUGAUGAACUACAGAGCCCAGGAUCCUGGUCGAUUGGCUCCACAGGGGUGCCUGGCCCUGCAGAUGAAAGCCCAAAGUCUGGCACAACCCCAGCCGCGGCUCCCAGUUUAGGAAUUCGCAUUCCAUUAUCAAAAUCAGUGCCCAAUCUGAAGGGAUUUCUCAACUCAAAUCACAAGCAGCAAACCAAAAAUAAACAGUUACCUCCGGACAUGGUGAUGAGGCUGAUGGCGUCGGUGAGCUUCGGCUACGGGCUCUUCCAGCUGUGCAUGUCCCUCCUGCCGCCCUCCCUCCUCCGGCUGGUCAACGUCCUCGGGCUGCAAGGGGACAGGAUGGCCGGGCUGUCCGCUCUCAUGUUCACGCGCAAGUCCAGCGACAUGAGAGCUCCUUUGGCGACCCUGACUCUUUUGUGGUACCAUACUAUUGUCCGGCCAUUCUUCGCCCUUGACGGAAGCAAAGUCCGCGCAGGGGUGGAAGCUGCGCACCUUCUGCUGCAGGAAGCCCAACAAAACUAUGCCCAUUCUGCUCUGUUCCUCUUCUUCAGAGGGAGAGUCCACAGAUUGCAGGGUGACAUCACAGGCGCACUGGUGUCCUACAGAGGAGCUUUACAGGCCUCUCCGCAAAGGGAACUGCAGCUCCUUGCCCUGCAUGAGGUGGCAUGGUGCCAUCUGCUUCAACUGAACUGGAAUCAUGCCCAAGGUGCCUUCGCAAAUCUCAAAAAGGAGUCUAGGUGGUCGAAAAGCUUCUACGCCUAUAUCUCUGCCGUAUGUCUUGGAGCAUCAGGUAGACAGGAAGACUGCGUAAAAGACAUGCUGGAAGUACCCGCGCUGGUCAGACGUUCCAACCAUGCCUUAGAGACGUUCCUCUUGCGUCGGGCACUCAGAUCCAAAAGUGAUGUUGUGACUAAGAACUACUGCCUUCUCCGUGCCUAUGAACUUCUAUAUCUUUGGAACGCAUUGGCAUCUUGUUCUGUGCAACAUCGCAUGCACAUGGUAGAAGAGUGCCAAGCCAUGGGACAGUGCGGGGAGACUGAGGGCCUGCGUCAUCUCAUCAUGGCUGCUGUCUUAGAUACUCUGGGCUCGACGGACGAUGCUGUUGAGCAUUUUCGACUUAGCAUCCAGCAUGGCCUCUUGAACCCGGAGGAGCUGUGUAUUCCUGCCUUUGCCUCCUAUGAACUUGGUCUCCUUCUGGCAGCUGAU